AUGGGCAAGUCUGACUUUGAAGCUUACUUAGUACUGUUGUUGGUCACGUCUGCUGCAGCGGACAUCGGCGAGGACUACGAUUACCCGUACGCAGACUUCUUCCCGGAGUUGUCAGCCCAGCCCUCGGGACUGGACAUCACGGACGCAGAUUCCGGCGAAAUGCACGAGCUUCGGUCUGUCGACUACAUGCCAGUACCAAAGUUGGCCACGGUCCGUGACGACUUGGGCUUGCUAUUUAAGUCCACGCCACUACCGCGACCACCACCGAUCAACCCACGAAUAAACACGAGCGGAGCCAACCGCGGGUUGCGGCAGACGCAGCAUGCUUCAGAUUUCGAUAGUAGGUACUAA